AGAAGUGGGAUUAAGAAUUCUUUAUGUAAUGAAAAAUAAACGUUGUAAAUUUUUUUGGAACGACAAAUACGAAUCAAUUCGUAUUUUGUGUUGAGAGCGUUGCCAAGGCGCUAAUUAUAACGUUAUUGAAUGAAAAGGUGGGGUAAAAAAAAAGUUCUGCCUUGACCGGCGAAAGAAAAUUGUUAUUUACUUUACGUUUUAUUUAAUUGUUAAUAUGUGUGACCUCAGUCACGAGGAGGAGAUCUGAUGGAGAUUCGUUUUGUUAUAUUAGAGAUAUUAAUCCUCAUUGAUUUAUGUCGCACAAACUUGCUCGAUUUCGACUCUAAAUGGAACGGAGGUAGUAACCUUGAAAUUAUAGGCGAAGAUAUAUUUUUUGAAAUAUUGGAACCAGAGAGCUUGAGAUACACUUACAGAACCCGUCCGGCCAAAAAUUUUGGCGCUCCUUUUACUCCUGCCUUGCAAUCUAACAAAAUAAAAUUGGUUCCUGUAGAGCCAGCAAAUGGUUGUUCACAAAUCAUAAAUGUGGACUAUGUUUACGGAAAUGUCGCUUUGAUUGAAAGGGGCAGUUGCUCGUUUUUGAGCAAGACUUCAUAUGCCGAAAAAGCAGGUGCAAAGGCUGUAAUCAUAGCGGAUAAUGUCGACAGUGAAGAAUUUUACACUGAAAUGAUCGACGAUGAUAGCGGCCUGCAUGUUAAGAUCCCGGCUACAUUUUUGUUAGGAAAGAACGGUUUCAUUAUUAGAAGAACUCUACAAAAGCUCAACAUGAAAUUUGCAGUGAUAAAUAUACCAGUCAAUGUUACUUACGUGCCUUUAAAUCAGUGGAAACAGCCUCCAUGGCUUACUUGGUGAUAAUAAAAUGUGAUUUUCAUACAAAGUAUUUAUAUAUUGUAUCAUAUUUAAUAAAACGAAUAAAACUUAUAUUUUUUACUAUGAA